CGAUUAGAUAUCCCACGUGAUCAUGUCUUAUCGAUAAGAUGAUGCCAUCAACCGAUACACUCCCGCUCUCCGCGGCAUUCAAUAUCUCCAGACAUUAUCGGGUCAAGACUCACUCGCAAUGGCUGAGCGGAAUGUGCUUCGAAAGGAUCAAUUGGAGAUCAGUUUACACAAUGAAAAGAAACUGAUACAGGAGGGAACGAUAAAGGACGACAACCCUCUCGAUCUUAGCGAGCCGUUUCGGGAGCUCUGCAAUGCUUGUCGUAAGGGGGAUCUUAAAGUUUGUCAAGAGAAGAUCACAGAAGGAGUCAACAUCAAUGCUCGCGAUCCCUAUGACUACACCCCCUUGAUCCUGGCAAGUCUCUGUGGUCAUUAUGAGGUUGCUCAACUGCUCCUUGAGUCUGGUGCAUUGUGUGAGCGUGAUACUUUCCAGGGGGAGAGAUGCUUGUAUAAUGCACUUAAUGACCGCAUCCGGAAUUUGUUGCUUGAAUAUGACUACUCGAAAUCAACAGAUCCUCUUCAACCUCUUGCGGCUCACAUCUCUUCCCUUCUCACCCGUGACCACCCUGGGACGUCCGAUAUUGUUGUGACUGCCGAGGAUGAGUCUCUGUACUUACACAAGUUCAUACUCUCUGCGCGAUCACCUUAUUUCCAUAACAAGUUGGCAGCUGCUCCUGAUACCGCAACAUGGAAGCUUCCCAGCACAAUACCGCCGCAGGCUUUUACAGCGGCGAUCAAGUAUUUAUACUUCGGGGAAGCUCCCCGUGAACUAAGGAGUGGUCCCGGCACGGGCUUUACUGAAUCAGAGGUCUUCGCUGGUAUCGAUAGAAUUGCCAAACAUUUGGAGAUUGACACUCUUGUGGAUAGUAUCCUUGAAAGUGGUGACCGCAGAUUAGCCAGACAGAGGAGGACCACGGAGUUGGCGAAGGGAAGAGACCAACUAGAGGAUUGGUUCCGAAGUAAUGUCCUUAAGAACAAGUUGGUGGUCGAAACAUCGAAGGCUCACGAGGUCAAAUGGGAUCGCAACAACACUCUUUUCGCGGAUGUCUUGCUUCAGGCUGAUGAGCUUCCUGAGGAUACGGAUGGAUAUAGCAACGGUACCUCUCGACCAGAAGACGAUACCAAGGCCUCUUCGAAAGAGCAAACACAGAAGUCGGUCCUAUUUCCCUGCCACCGUGCGAUGCUACUGAGGUCUGAAUUCUUCCAUACCAUGUUUUCAUCUCCGUUUCGUGAGGCGCAUAUAAAAGAUUAUCUACAUAUCAUCAAUGUCGACUGCUCCCCAGACGUGUUGGAGAUCAUCCUUACAUUUAUUUAUACCGAAAGGGUCGAUUUCCCUCUUGAAGUUGCGGUUGAUGUUCUGUUCGCAGCAGAUAUGCUAUUUAUAGAGAAACUUAAAACUAAGGCAGCAGUUGUGAUCAGCACUCUUGGUAGCGGUAACAUGUCACAGGUCGAAGCUGCGAAAACUCGGGGCACUAAGGAAGAAGAUGAUCUGGACAUAUACGCCAUAAUUCGAGCUGCGUGGAUGACGCGGGUUCAACGACUAGAGGAGUUCGCGGCUCGCUUUUUUGCUUACCGGCUAGAAGCUCACAUCGAUUCGCCGGAGUUUGCCGAAUUGAUUCAAGAGUCCGCAUCGCGUAUCCAGGGGAGACAGGAAACCGAUUCUAUCGAGUUACUAGACGAUAUUCGUUUUUAUUUAGGUGAGCGAUUUAGGUUAAGGUUCGACGAUGCUGGCCUCGAGGAGAUGAUGGAAGAGGAGCAGGCUCAGCAGCAUAUCGCCGACGCAGCUGCUGCUGUUGAGGGUGUUGAAAAGGUUACAAAUGGCAUCGAGACUAUCGACCUUGCAGGCAAGGGCCCUGUGGACGGGGUGAAACACGCGGAUGAUACAGACCGGCCUUCUCUGAAAGAGCAGGACCACAGCCAUGUCAUCCGGAACUUGAACGGAGAGAUUGCUGUGGACGAGUUCGAUAAGGAUGCGAUGAACUACCAAAUCCUGAUGGAUAAACUCGACAGGAUCCUGGAGAGGUUGGAUUUGGAGGCUUAGUCUUGAUAUUGACGGGACAGGUAGCGUUGGACGCGGCCAGGUAAAUAUGACGAU